AGGCGAGCGCGAGGGUCAUUCGGCCGGCAGGUUCGGAGACACCAGCAGCACCACCUCGCGCGUCCACUAACAGGCAGGGUCGGCUCAGUGCGACCUGACUUGACCCCCGGAAGGAACACCAAAUCACCAGGAUGCCUGAGAAGACGGUCGUCCACGACGACCCCAUGCUGAUCGGCCCUCCGCCCGUGAUCGGAGGCUGGCAGUCCUUCAAAGAAUUCGUCUACAACGGCGACAAGGGCACCAUCUUUGGCAGAACCGGCCUCAGCUGGGCUAAAAUCGGCGUUUUCUACCUGAUUUUCUAUGGAAUCCUGGCCGCUAUGUUCGCCGCCAUGUUGUUGGUGUUUUUCCAAACACUGGACCCUAGGAUCCCUCGCUGGAAGCUUGAAGAGUCUCUGAUUGGAACCAAUCCUGGCCUUGGAUACAGACCAAUGCCACAGGAGCCUAACUUGGAUAGCUCUCUGAUUUGGUACAAAGGCACCAAACCCGAGAACUACGAGCCCUGGACCAAACAGCUCGACAAAUUCCUUGAUGUUUACCGCAGGCCUGGUUUGACCCCUGGCCGUGGCCAGAACAUCCACAACUGCGACUUCGACAACCCUCCACCAACAGGCAAGGUGUGCGAGGUGGACGUGAAGAACUGGUACCCGUGCAACACUGAAAACAACUACGACUUCCACAAGGGCUCGCCGUGCAUCUUCCUCAAGCUCAACAAGAUCUACGACUGGGUUCCAGACUACUUCAACGACACCGCCAACCUGCCCGAUAAAAUGCCUAACAAGCUGAAGGAGCACAUCAAGAAUGUUCCCCAGAAGGAGCUCAACACUGUGUGGGUGAGCUGCGAGGGCGAGAACCCGGCCGACAUUGAGAACAUCGGCGCUGUCGAUUACAUCCCCAAGUGGGGUUUCCCUGGAUACUUCUACCCCUAUGAGAACUCCGAGGGAUACCUCAGCCCCCUUGUAGCUGUUCACUUUGUUGCACCACGAACUGGAGUGCUGAUUAACAUUGAGUGCAAGGCCUGGGCCAAGAACAUCAAACACGACCGUGCGGACCGCCUUGGCUCGGUCCAUUUCGAACUCAUGAUCGACUAGUCCCAAAAGCAAGAUGCAUCCAUCUAAAAGUUCUCUCAAACUGUUAAUCAUCAAGACACGACUUUUUCAAAAACUAUCCGCACAAAAUGAAUCCGCAAGCGAGUAAAAAGCAAGUCGCUGGGGCCAUGACAGAAAAGAAAUUAGCACUCUCGCUUGACACCACCUUCCUCCCAGUCAAUUUUGGUGGAGGAGCGCCGGCCUGCAUGCCCAGAAUUUUUAAAAUUUUGCCCAAUCUGCAGUUGAAACAUUUUCAAACUAGAGUAAAAGAUGCGAAACUUGUUGAGUUGUUUUAAUCAGUUAAAGAAUCAUCGAUUGUGUUGACGUAGGCUCUAUGUUCGUGUGCGUUUUGUCCUCGCUCAUUUUUGUUCAGAGACGAUCCCGAAUCUGUUCUCGACGACGCACACGCGCUCUGUAAUUUUGGCCAGACUACUAUGCGUCAGUAAAUUAUUGAACGCGAUGAUUUAUGAACUAUUUUAAUUGUUAUGAGAUGACGCUGACGUACUAUUUUAAUUAUUUGUGCCCAUACUGUAUGAAAAGAUGUACGAAACAGAUAAUAAAUAUCCCAGAUUUUUAGUAAGAAAAUCUGUCGCAGGGAAA